AUGGAGAAUGAAGACUUCCUUUCCGCGACUGGCUACAAUGAGACUCUGGAGCAGCAAUAUGACCUGGACCAGGUCACCUGUCAUGUUAUGCAGUAUGGAGACACCACAUUCACCAACGACUCUACCCAAUAUUUCAUGGGUAGCAGGAACGGAAAGUUCAAGUUGAUCGGUUCCGAUUAUGCUCCUGGGUCCGACGCGACCGUUGAGCAUGUCUUCGGGGAGUUUUUUGGACGACCGAAGCCGCAGGGCAUGACGGUUGAAGAGGAAGUCGCAAGGGAGAAGGAAAGGCUCCGCGCUAUCAAGCAAGUUAGUAGCGUACCAUCAAGGAUGAUUCCCAUUCACAUAAAAUACAGCGAGCUGAGGGAAGAAGAGGGGAAGCCGAGCAACUACAGAAGGCAGUUAGAAGUCGCUAAGGAACUCCUUCAGACCGUCGAGGAAAGGAUUCGUGAGAUUGAGGAAAUGAUGGAUCGCAAUGAGCAUUUACGCCUGGAACGCGAUUUAGCCCACAGCUAA